AUGUUUCGAUGGAUGCUUCUAAGGAUGAUGUUAUUGCUCUGGAUGACAAGCGUAACACUUCAGGGCGGCACAGGGUACAAACCUCAAAAUCCAAAUGGUGGUGCAGCACAAAUGUCACCAAGAGAUUAUGGUUUGGGUCAAAAUAGCAACUCAGCAAAUAUGAAAGGAAACGGUUAUCCUGUAAACAAAGGUACAGGUGCAUAUGGGAGUGCACAAAAUAAGCCUGGAUACGGAGGUCGUCCCCCGUAUGGUGGAACAGGUUAUGGAAAUGGUAAUGGCUACAAAGCUCCAUCUUAUGGGGGCUACAGCAAUUUAAUGGGUGCUCAUCCCCAAAAAGGAGUUGGUCUAGGUUAUGGUGCUGGGCCUGCAGCUGCCAAGGGACAAGGCUCAAAAUCUGGAGGCUCUUCUCUUCCAAAUAUGGGGUAUCCCAAUGGUGGAACCAAGGGACCUAAACCAGGAUAUGGUGCUAAAGCUGGACCCUCAAAUGGACAAGGAGCCAAGCCUAAUGGAUAUGGUGCUAAAGCUGGACCCUCAAAUGGACAAGGAGCCAAGCCUAAUGGCUCUUUUCUUCAAAAUAUGUGGUAUCCCAAUGGUGGACCCAAGGGACCUAAGCCAGCAUAUGGUGCUAAAGCUGGAUACUCAAAUGGACAAAGAGCCAUGCCUAAUGGCUCUUCUCUUCAAAAUAUGGGGUAUCCCAAUGGUGGAGCCAAAGGACCUAAACCAGGAUAUGGUGCUAAAGCUGGACCCUCAAAUGGACAAGAGGCCAAGCCUAAUGGCUCUUCACUUCAAAAUAUGGGGUAUCCCAAUGGUGGAACCAAGGGCCCUAAUCCAGGAUAUGGUGCUAAAGCUGGACCCUCAAAUGGACAAGGAGCCAAGCCUAAUGGAUAUGGAGGUUAUGCUAACGGAGGUGUAGCUAAGCAACCUAAUACAGACUCUUCUCUUCAAAAUAUGGGGUAUCCCAAUGGUGGAGCCAAAGGACCUAAACCAGGAUAUGGUGCUAAAGCUGGACCCUCAAAUGGACAAGAGGCCAAGCCUAAUGGCUCUUCACUUCAAAAUAUGGGGUAUCCCAAUGGUGGAACCAAAGGCCCUAAUCCAGGAUAUGGUGCUAAAGCUGGACCCUCAAAUGGACAAGGAGCCAAGCCUAAUUUCUUUGAUGGGGUAAAGCAGGGAUAUGGAGGUUAUGCUAACGGAGGUGCAGCUAAGCAACCUAAUACAGGCUCUUCUCUUCAAAAUAUGGGGUAUCCCAAUGGGGGAACCAAAGGACUUAAACCAGGAUAUGGAGGAUAUGCUAACGGAGGAGCAGCUAGGCAACCUAACACAGGCUCUUUUCAAAAUAUGGGGUAUCCCAAUGGUGGAACCAAGGGACCUAAACCAGGAUAUGGAGGAUAUGCUAAUGGAGGAGCAGCUAGGCAACCUAAUACAGGCUCUUUUCUUCAAAAUAUGGGUUAUCCCAAUGGUGGAACCAAGGGACCUAAACCAGGAUAUGGUGCUAAAGCUGGACCCUCAAUUGGACAAGGAGCCAAGCCUGGUUACGGUGUUCCUGGACAUAUGUCAGAAGGACCUUAUAAAGCAGCUAAUUCAGGAUAUAUGCCUGUAACAGCUGGGAAAGAGGGUGUUCCCAGUGGAAAAGGACCUAAAGGGGAGAUUUUAAGCCCUGAAGCAUCAAGUCAUCUCCCACUAACAUCUAACACCAAGGGUGUUUUACCACUAGCUGAGCGUGUGCCAAAUACAGGAUUGCUUCCAGAACAAACUAAAGACCUUCCACCACUCCUGCAACAAACGAAAGGACAAAAUCUUAAUGCACCACUUCAACAGGGCAAAGUCGGGAACUCUAUGGGACCUCAGCCUGCUCCAAAGCCAUUUAUGCAAGGUCCAGGAUUUUAUAAACCUAGUAAAGCUUAUAAACCACCCACACCUGUAAUUCCACAAAACAAAGCUUCAAAGCCAGCUGCACCAGCAAUCCCUCAAGCAAUUCCUGCACCAGAAUCAGCUCCUAUUCCUCAGACGAGUUAUCCUCAAACAUCACAGACAGCUGCACUAGAGCAGGGACAAGUGCUGUCACAGGAACAAACCGUCACUCCAGUGAUACCACAGCCAAUUACGCCACAAGGCAGUAUUUCUUCACAGGUGCCUCUGGUGCCAAAUGCAGCUGUUCCUCAAAUAACUCCAGAGAUGCAACAAACCAAGAUUCAGUCAAACCCAGCUUUGCCUCAAAUGAAGAAUCCAUCAACAACAAAUCCUGAUUGUGGACCUGGUGGACGACCUAAUGGACAAUGGGUCAAACUUCCAAGUCCUGGUUCAGGGUACCCCAACGGAAAAGGAGAAGUGUCAUCUCAACCAGGCUUUGGAGCAGGUGGUUAUCCAGCUCAUGGCAUUAACAAUGGCUACAAAGCAGGUUAUGAAGGAUAUGGAAACAAAUUCAAUAAGCCAGCUGGACCACAAGGUGGGCAGCCAAUGGGAUUCGGAUCUAAGGGAAAAGCUCAAGCAAAAUAUGGAAUUGGUGGACUUCCAUUUGGUUCCCAUAGAGGAUAUCAAACCAACCCCUCUGGACAAUAUGAUAAUGAAGGACAGCGCUAUGGAGCCAAACCCUACAAUCCUCAAGCACUGGGAAAACACGGAUAUGGUAGUUUACCGUACAACUCUCAACCUCUUCUACCGGAAUCUGUUGCCAAAUCAUCCGACUUUGGAGGGUUACCCUACAAUGGUCAGCCGCUUGGAUAUGGUGGUGACAAGUCGUCUGGAAAAUAUGGACAAAAGGGUCUUCAUUAUGGUGGUCAGCCAUUUGAUCUCAGGCCUGAUGCUAUAUCUAGGAAAUAUGGUUCUCCAGAAUCCUUGUAUAAUCCAGAAUCUCUCAGUGGCGAUGCCAAAUCAGCUAAAUAUGGUAAUCCAGCAGUGUCAUAUGAGCUCCUCGGCCCUGUGACUGAUGGCCAAUCUGUUGAAGAAAACAGAAGCCUGGAUGUUUUGCACCAAGGUCCUGAGAUUGAUGGACAGAAAUCCAUUGACCAGUUUGGAGAUGGAGAGGUUCCACCCCAUCCUGAUACUCCAGGAGCUGGAGAGGCGAAUGCACAAUCCAUAAACAAAUACGGAAUGGGUGAUUAUACCGAUGGAAGAGUACAGCCAGAAGUUGUCUCUUUCCCUGGUGUUCCCACUGUGGGCCCCGCUCCUCACAUCCCUGCUGUCACCUCAUUUGACACCACACUGGACGGUUCCUCCCUGGCCCCUGUCUCUGUGCCUGAUGUGUCUGCUGUUUCUGAGGUGCCUUUCUCACCCACAUUCUCUCAGCCUGAGCUGCCCACUCUAAAGCAGCAGCCAGCACCACCACAACAGAUUCACAUCCAGCAGCACCUCAAGUUCCACUUCCACCCACAGGGCAACUCCCAGACAGGAAAGGAAGGCAAAUACAAAUUGAAUGGUUUCUUUGGAAAUAAAUACCAAGGAUGA